AUGGCACUACCCACGGCGUUAAUCUGCUUUCUUGCCCUGCACUUCUUGUCUGGGCUUGAGGCCACACCCGCCGGACCCGAGAACGCGCGGCGCUGGAAUCGACUUAUCACAUUUUUCCUGCAUUCUGGGAAAUAUCUCAUUCUCCCUUGUUCGACAGCGACCAGAAGUGGGUUGCUUGUGGAUAUCGGAGUCAUCUACACUCCUUGUUGGAUUCAACCUUCACUCGCUCAAGAGUUGGUUGGAGGAAGGAUGUCUUGUUCCAUUGUGUAUCCUAUCUUUGGUGGUUUUGGAUGGUGGCUGCUCUUUAGAUGGAUGGACGGACCGGAGUUGAUGGUAUACCAGGCCAGGUCUUCGUGCCUUUGUUGGACACCGCCGUCGCUGCGGAUGAUGUGGCAGGCUUUUCCUCGGCGUCUAAAAGACCAAAAAGUGUACACUGUAUAUGUAGGCUAA